UUUCCACUCCAAUUAACCGUCAAAUUAUUCCGGAAUAUUUUCACCCAGCAGGCGGUAUAAAUCCAUAAAGCGAAGAGGUCGCCGCGAUAGUGCUUAUCGGUUAUCCCUUUGGGGGCGAAAAAUUACGUACUAAGUGUCGUUAAACUUUGGAUAUGCAAACAAACUACUGAUACACUUUAUGGCAAUAGCAAAGCAGCAGACACAGACCCAUGAAUAACCGCUUAACGAGAGCGCUGGCCAAAUAUUUGCCCGGCCAUAAAGCGUGUGACAAUCCAAGAGAAGCCAGCGAUGACGAUUGCAGCUCUGCCGAAGGUUUCCGCGUGGAAAACAUGUUUAUGCAUAUGAAAGCCACCGCCACCGGCCAAGUUUGAUAAAGCGUCGUCGGCGAGAUUAUGCUGGAGAAUAUAUAAAUCCCGGCCGGGCCAGAACACAGCACAGUUCAAAUCCAGCCAUUCAGUCUAGAGGCGAAGCAAUCACCCCACUCCAAAGCAACUCUAAGAUCAACAAUGAACCCUCAAAAGAUAUUUCUAGUCCUGGCUUUGGCCCUAACAGUCUGCCAGGCUCAUCCUUAUGUGUCCUACGAUGAUGUGGAUGACACGGAGGUCAUCGAACUGCCUGGAAAUGGCAUCGAGGAGGCACCACCCGUCCUCGGCAAGGACAUCAUCGAUCUCACUCCGCUAGGCACGGCUCUCUUUGGCAAACCAGAUGAGGAGCAGACAGCCGAUCGUGUGGGCAACUUCAGUGCCGAUGCGGAUUCUACGAAUCCUGAGGAACUGGGAAGCUACCUGGAAGGUGACAUGCUGGUGCCCCAAUCGGAGCUGAUCAUGAAGAACGGCCUGCCCACGCAAUCGUCCCGUUGGCCCAAUGGUGUGGUGCCCUACGAGAUCCGCGGAAGCUUUAGUGCCAAGGACAUGGCCACCAUCGAGAAUGCCAUUGCGGAGUACCAUCGUCGGACAUGCAUUCGGUUUGUGAGGCGCAGCUCGGAGCGGGAUUACAUCUCCAUUCGCGGCGAUAACUCGGGAUGCUGGUCCUCUGUGGGUCGCGUGGGUGGCAAGCAGGAGGUCAAUCUGCAAACGCCCGGCUGCCUCAGUCGUCCUGGAACCGCCAUGCACGAGCUGAUGCACGCCUUGGGUUUCCUUCAUGAACAGAACCGCAUGGAACGCGAUGGCUAUGUGGCCAUCCAGUAUAAUAAUGUGCAGUCCUCGGCAAUGAACAACUUCGAGAAGGCCGCCCGCACCGAGGCCUUUGGAGUGCCCUACGAUUAUGGCAGUGUGAUGCACUACUCCAAGAACGCCUUCUCCAUCAAUGGACAGCCCACUAUCCUGGCCAUGAAAGCAGGUGGAGCCGAACAGAUGGGUCAGAGGAAUGGCUUCUCCGACUAUGAUAUCAUGAAGCUGAACCGCAUGUACGAUUGUGGAACUGCCAAUUCCGCUCCAGCUUCUCCGGUUGUUUCUGCUCCUGCUCCUGCUCCUGCUCCUGGAGCUGCUCCUGGUGCCGCUGCUGGCAGUGGCAAUCCCAUUGUGGACAGCUUCCUUGGAGGUCUGAUCAGCGGAUUGGGCUUGGGCGAUGAAAAGAAGGAGACUAGCUCUUAG